AUGUCUUCGCCGAUUCAGGAGCCUGGUCCGACUACUCGUCUACUAGGAGAACACACAAGGGUCUCGAGAGAUCAGAAUCAUGGAUAUCCAUUAUACGGGCGACUCCCUUCUGGUGUGCUCCGCACCAUCAAAGUGACCUUGUUCCAGAGCUAUGUCAACUGGCUGUGUUUUCUCGUCCCAGUGGCUCUUACAGCAAGCGCCAAUGACUGGGACGCAUCCGCGAUCUUCAGUUUGAAUUUCCUCGCCAUUUUGGGGUUAUCGUCUGUGCUGUCGUUUGCCACGGACGAACUGGCCAAAAGUACAGGACAAACAGUUGGGGCUUUGGUCAACGCGACCUUUGGCAAUGCUCUUGAAAUGAUUGUUGGCAUCACCGCUGUCAAACAAGGGGAAAUUCGCAUUGUACAAUCGAGUAUGGUCGGCAGCAUUCUCUCAGGAGUACUCUUGAUUCUAGGCUGUACAUUCUUCUUUGGAUGCUACAACAGAGAAUGGCAAACAUUCAAUGUAGACGUGAUCGGCGUCAUGAUCUCGCUCAUGGUUGUCUCGUGCACGACGCUCAUCGUUCCUUCUGCGUUGGCGACCAUGACACCAUGGAAACAUGCCGAGCUCGAAAGCGGUAUUCUCCUUCUUUCUCGUGUUACUUCGAUUGUUCUCUUGAUUUUUUACAUCGUUUAUCUUUACUUCCAGCUCAAGAGCCACGCCGAAAUAUUCGACGGUAGUGAUACCGACCCGGACAGCAACGCGGACGAGGAAAUUCAGCUCAACCUCUGGUCUUCCAGCAUCGUGUUGCUCCUUGCCACGCUUGGUGUAACUUUUUGUUCCGAUGCCCUAGUAGACUCAGUUGAUGGCAUCGUAGAUGCAUGGCAUAUCAGUCGAGCCUUUAUUGGACUUAUCAUUGUCCCUAUCGUGGGCAACGCCGGGGAGUUUACAGCAGCCGUCAGUGCCGCCAUGGCAGGGAAGAUGGGUCUGGCGGUCAGUUUGAUUGUCAGUGCGACUCUGCAGAUUUCUUUAUUCGUCACCCCUUUCCUAGUUAUCUGUGGCUGGAUAAUAGGGCAACCAAUGUCGCUUCAUUUCUCGACAUUUGAAACCGUUGUCCUUGCAUUCUCCGUUAUUAUCGUGAACUACAUAGGGCGUGACGGUCGAGCAAACUAUCUUGAAGGUAUUUUAUUGGUGGGCACAUACGUCGUCGUGGGAAUCUCUUUUUAUGUUCAUCCCGAGGACGCCCAGGUGAUCGAGGCGAGCAUUUGA